GUCAGGUGUCCGUUUCCUGGAUACCAAAAACAAUGUGUAGCGUGGUUUUAUUUCACGUUGAAUUUUUUCCUACAAGAGCAUUGUCAAAGGAAAAAGCAUGGUUCGAUUUUCUCUAGGCCGGAUGUUGUCAUAUGUUGUUCACGUGCGUGACUUACCUUAGUGACAGUCCCACCUGUGUCUGACAGGACGCAGUCUGAGGCUUGACGGGCAACGGGGAAGCUUGACAAUGACCUGCCACUACCGCUGUGAUUUUACUUCUGUGUCAAGAAACAGCUUUUGAAGUUCAUAGCUGUAUUUCCAGCAGCUGUUCAAAUGUGGCUGAUUGCUGUUUCUGUCCCGCUGCUCCCUGCCAUCAUCAUGGUGUCCAGCCGUUAUCGUGUCAAAGUUUCCACCCUGUGUCACCGGGCUCUGGCCUGGGCACUGAGGUUGGUGCGAGGGAGAGUGUGUGUAAGGAGCACCCACGCAUUUGUGUUCUCCAAAUGCACCCAUGGCAAAGUUGACAGCGUCCUGGAGACCUUUGACCUUUAUGCUAAGACACACCCUUCUUUAAGGAUUGGUCCAGAGAUUGGUGAGGCGUUGGAUGAAGUGGUGAGGCGUGUCCGUCCCUCCCGGGUACUGGAGCUGGGGAUGCACUGUGGCUACAGCUCAGUCCGCCUGCUGCGUCUGCUGCCCCCUACUGGCAGCCUGAUCACAGUGGAGCUAGACCCACUCACAGCUGAUCUGGGAGAGGAAAUCAUCCUGGUGGCUGGUUUUAAAGACUCUCAGUACCAGGUGUUGACAUCUAGCUCAGCUGAGGCCAUCCCAACACUGCAUUCAUUUCUUGAGCCUGGUCAAAGGACCAGCGAAGGCUUUAACCUGGUGUUAAUGGACCACGAUCCCCAGCAGUACCUUCCAGAUCUGCUGGCUCUGGAGAGGGAAGAGCUCCUCUGCCCCUCUGGCUGCUCUGUCCUUCUGAUCAACAGGAGAAGAAGAGCUGAAGAUCUCAGAGAAAUCCUGGAUCACAUCAGAGUGAGAGGAGACUCCUGCAGCAUCAAGACAGAGUUUCAGUUUAUGGUGGAAAUCUUUUACCAAAAGAAUGUGACAGCGAAAUCUAAAGAUGUGGGUGUGUGAUUUCAGUUUGUGUCAAACAACAGUAUAAAAUACUUCAUAAUUCCUCAUUGGUAAAAUAGUAUUUAUCAUUUACAAAUGAUGUGUGUUACAGCAGUUCAAAGUAGUUGAUGGUGCAUGUACUGUUGGGAGUGUUCGUGUACACCAGAAAAUA